UCGCAGGUCGCAUCGAAAUAGACCUUCGACAUGGAAAUUUACCUUUCGACGGGCCUAUGUCUGAUGGCGCGGCUCUGCGGCAACGCUUGUCUAUUUUUGGAUCUUGGCGGUAGCACGUCUUGGCAAGGGCGUGACUCCUUCCGAGGUCCGAUAUUGUUGGAACAGGAAGUACCGUGGUACGGGAUCACACACAAAUCAUGUGGUUUCUCCAGUGGUCGGGACUUCUCACGGGUGCAACGGGGCAGGAGUUCUCACACAGUAUAUAGCUUACUAUAGCAAAAUAAGAUCGAUUGAUUAACUACACUAUCUAAUGGGCCUACGUGGCUAUUUGUAGGCCUUUCGGAGGUUCUGCUUCGACCCCCCAAAAGCCCCCUAUUCUGGUGGCUUCAGAGCUGAAACCCCAGUUGAGACUGUGGUGGUUUCCAGCACCGGUCGGAGAUCCUGGGAUGCCGUAGUGGAUUAUAGGGCCAAAUACCACCGUAUCCCAGCGCCCACGGCCUACUCUCCAACAGAUAUAUGAUGUCAAAGAUAGUGUAUAUGUAAAUCAUCUCGGAAUCUGCCCGAGGGGUGACUCUUACAUAUAUAUCGCAUGGUAGGUCGUCGAGUUGUCGACUGUUUGUAUGAAAUCUAUUAUAUAUCCUCCCCAUCAUAAUUAUCUUCUCCUCAAUCUAACUCCCAAUUUCUCUUUUUGAACCUACCAGCCUAGUGUGAAUGUGAUAAGAUAUAGUACCCCGCCAUCCACAAACCAACACACCAACUUCAAAAACGAAGCAUCUCAGCUCCUCACAAUGGCUUCCAACCCAGCCAGCUCCGCUGCCAAAAGCGCUCCCAAAACCCUAACCCAGCAAUACCCCGGCACCACCUCCCCCCUCAUCGUCUGCGCCCCCAUGCGCCUCAUCUCCUCCCCCGCCCUCGUUCACGCCGUCUCCCAGUCCGGCGGCCUUGGUUUCCUCGGCUUUGGCAUCCCCGGAACAGACACCAGCAUCCCAGGCCUGAAGACCCUCAUCGACGAGGCAAACGCCCUCUUCACCCCUUCCUCCUCCUCCAGGCCCGCGCCAUUCGGCAUCGGCUUCCUCCUCAUCACCGACCCCUCCCCAACUGAAACCGUCAACCUCCUCGCCAGCCUCCCUCCCGCCCAAGUCCCCGCAGCAGUCUGGCUCUUCCCAGCCGCAUCCCCAGACACUAUCGCGAAAUGGACGACGGGUCUGCGUUCACUCCCCGCUCCACCCAAGAUCUGGCUCCAAGUCGGGACGAAAGCACAAGCUCUCAGCUAUGCUAAGCUAUGCCAGCCGGAUGUCCUCGUCCUCCAGGGCGCUGAUGCAGGUGGGCACGGUCUUGCGGCGUCGGCUUCGAUCGUAGCACUUGUCCCUGAGACGACGGAUGCGCUCCGCGAGGCGGGAUUGAAUAUCCCCGUCAUAGCCGCGGGGGGCAUAGCGGACGGUCGCGGGGUUGCGGCGGCAACUGUGCUCGGUGCGGAUGGUGUGGCGAUGGGGACGCGGUUCCUUGCUUGUCCUGAGGCGAAGAUUGCGCGGGGGUAUCAGGAUGCGGUGCUAGUUGCGUCGGAUGGGGGUGUUAAUACGGUACGUACGCUAAUUUAUGACACGUUGAGGGGAUCGAAGACGUGGCCGGAGGGGUAUAAUGGGAGGGGUAUUGUGAAUAAGAGUUAUGUGGAUAGUGAGACGCUGGGGGUGGAGGAGAAUGUGAAGAAGUAUUUGAAGGCGAUGGAGGAGGGCGAUAAGGCGUGGGGGGUUGAGGGGAGGGCGACGACGUAUGCGGGGAGUGCGGUGGGGUUGGUGGGGGACGUUAAGGGGGCGGGUAAGAUUGUGGAGGAAGUUCGAGGGGAGGCUAUCAAGCUGUUGGGAGGGAAGAAGGCCUGAUGAUGGGCAUGGUCCUGUUAGAUUUUCGUUGUUAUAGACACACGUACUGAAUUAUGAUAAUGAUCACUGGAAUAAGAUCCUCGAAUCCAUCGAAAAGAUGAGGGUUCCAGAUAUAUGAACUCACCAGUUUCAAGAGAUCCAGUGCAACAAGCAUGGACGAUGACUAUGAUAGCUCCGAUAUUGAAUUUCGGGCU